AUGAUAUCAUCGCCUCCUCCUCCUCCUCCUCCUCCUGCUCCUCCUCCUCCUCCUCCUUCUCCUCCUCCUCCUCCUCCUGCCCCUCCUCCUCCCCCUCAAAUCCCACCCCUCAUCAUCAUCAUCAUCAUCAUCAUCAUCAUCAUCAUCAUCAUCAUCAUCAUCAUCAUCAUCAUCUCAAGGCUGAUGCAGAGCAGCUCAGAUGUCCUCCGCUAG